AUGAAAAAUCUGAGACUGGAGCUCGGUUAUCUCAACUGUGAAGCUGUUUUUAGCCGAGGCCAGUCCGGUGGUCUGGCUUUGUUUUGGAGUGAUGGCAUUGAUGUUAGGUUUCGGUCAAAGUCGCAUCAUCACAUUGAUGUUGAAGUCUGGGAAAGAGAUGGUUCUGGGAUUGCUUGGAGACUAUCGGGUUUCUAUGGACACCCGACAACCAGUGAGCGUCACGGGACCUGGACGCUCCUUUGUGAGCUGUUUGUGCAAUCUGCACUUCCAUGGAUUGUGGUGGGUGAUUUUAAUGAAGUUCUGCAUGCAUCAGAGAAAGAUGGGGGCUGUGUACGUCGUGAAGGGCAGAUGCAACAGUUUAGAGAUGUUCUUGCCUUCUGCGAUUUAUUUGAUUUGGGUUUCUCUGGCUCGGCCUUUACCUGGAGUAGAGCUGGCAUUAGAUGCCGGCUAGAUAGGGCAGUGGGGACGGCGUCUUGGAUAGAUAUAUUCCCAGCUGCUCAGGCUUCCAAUCUAAAACCUAUUCAUGGGGACCAAGUUCCCAUCCUUUUGGGAGUGCAUCGGUCUCCCCUAGCCCCUGUUCAGCGUCAGCGCAAGCGCUUCCUCUUUGAGAGCUUCUGGGUAAAGCAUGAAGCUUGUGCAGAGGUAGUGAAAUCUGGUUGGGUGUGUGAGCCACGGAACCAACCUAUGUUACAAGUUUCUCAGAAGAUUAUGCUUGUGCGUUUCGCCCUUAAUGAUUGGCAGUGGAAUACUUUUGGAUGUAGACGCAGGGAGAUUGAGUUCUUGCGGGGCAGACUCCAGGGGCUAUGGCAGUCCACAGAGGGGGGUAUUGAGGCUGUGGUUCUGGAUUAUUUUGGUUCGAUGUUCAGGGCAGGUGAGGUUGAUUUGUCUCAUAUGCAAUUUGUAGUGGCACUGGUUCAGCCAAGGGUCACACCGGAAAUGAACUCCAUGCUUUGUGCUCCUUACACGGCAACUGAGAUUAGAGUUGCUCUUUUUCAGAUGUAUCCCACUAAGGCUUCUGGACCGGAUGGGAUGCCUCCUUUAUUUUUUCAACGAUAUUGGGAUACUAUUAGAUCUGAUGUUGUGUGUGCAGUUCAGAGCUUUCUGCAUUCUCGUCAAUUACUUUCUCCGAUAAAUUACACACAUGUUUGUCUUAUUCCAAAGGUUAAAAACCCUACUUGCAUGUCAGAUUUGCGUCCCAUCACUCUGUGUAAUGUCAUCUAUAAGAUUUGCUCUAAGGUUUCUCAUUUCAUUCAUAAUAACCGUUCAAGUUCUGAUGGAGUGAUGUCUCAUAAGCUUGACAUGAGUAAGGCUUAUGACCGCAUGGAGUGGGUUUUCUUGGAGGCAGUCUUAUGUCAGUUGGGAUUUGAUGAGUCCUGGAUACAGCCUCGUGGCUACUUGGCACCUACCAGAGGUUUGAGGCAAGGUGACCCAUUAUCACCAUACCUAUUCCUGCUUUGUACUGAAGUGUUUUCAGCUCUGUUGGAGUAUAAGGCUACUCAGGGGCAACUUCAAGGGGUUCAGAUUUGUUCAGGGGCUCCUACUAUCCACCACCUUUUAUUUGCAGAUGAUAGCCUUCUGUUUGGCAAGGCUAAUUUAGAGGAAUGUUCUCAUAUUCAGGAUGUCUUGUUGGAUUAUGAGUUAGCUUUGGGCCAGAAAGUUAAUUUCUCUAAAAGUAGUAUCGUCUUUAGUAAGAAGGUGUGCCCUUCUUUGCAGCAGCUGAUUGCAGGUUCACUUGGUGUGGUUAUUGUGGACAAACAUGACAAAUAUCUGGGUCUACCUACUUAUUUGGGGAGAAAUAAAACUGAGUCUUUUGCUUACAUACAGGAGCGUUUGAACAAGAAGCUUGAGGGUUGGCAAGGCAAACUUCUGAGCAGUGCAGGGAAGGAUCUUCUUAUAAGGGACCGAUUAUGCCAACGCAAAGAGGCUGGUGGAAUGGGUUUUCGGGAUUUGCAUGCACAUAAUUCGGCUCUUUUGUCAAAGCAGGGUUGGAGGUUAAUUCGUAAUCCAGGUUCUCUUUUGGCUCGAUUGUAUCAAGCUAGGUAUUUCCCUAAUGGUGACUUCUGGUCUAGUGAGCUUUCUUCAUCACCUUCUGCAUGCUGGAGGGGUAUACAUGUAGCAAAACAUAUUUUGAGGAGGGGUGUCCGCUGGCAGGUAGGGAAUGGGCAGUCAGUAAGGGUUUGGGAGGAUCCAUGGAUUCCAAGACCCUCUACUUUUCUUCCUAUUAUUCGUCAUGUGGAUGGCCCAGAGAGGGUUGCAGAUUUGUUACUUCUAGGUUUUACUUGGAAUCAGGUUCUUAUUAAUCAAUAUUUUGCACCUGAGGAUGUGGAUUUGAUUCUUUCUAUAUCUCUUAGUCAUCGUGAUAUACCCGAUCGUCUUAUUUGGCAUUAUGAUAAGAGGGGAAGAUUCUCUACUAAAAGUGCUUAUGCUCUGGCUUUUAGUGAGUUUCAUGAUAGUGGGGUAGCUACUUCUCAUCCGGGUAAUAUUUCUUCUUUUUGGAAGCAGAUUUGGUUUGCUCAAAUUCCUGGUAAGGUUAAAGUUCAUUGGUGGAAAGUUUGCUCUUCUAUCCUUCAUACAGCUGCUCAGCUACGCACUAGACGAGUCUUAGUCCAGGAUGGUUGUUGGUUUUGCAAUGAUCAGGAUGAAUCUAUUAAUCACAUUACGAGGGAUUGUCAGUUUGUAAAGGAUCUGCUUUCUUUCUUCCCUGAGUUGCAUGGUGUCCUACAGAUUGAUUGCAAUGAAGGUACGUCAAUUGUUACUUGGUUGGCAUCUUUCUUUAAAGCUCUCUCUAAAAAGAAUGUGGCCCUUUUACUGUUUGUUGGAUGGUUUGUAUGGAAGGAGCGUAAUCUGAGAGUGUGGUCAAAUAAAUUUGUUUCUUUGACCCACUUGCAUUUUCAGAUCAGAUCCUCCUUUAUGUUGUUUCAGUCUCAUUUGGUUACUACUCAGAGUACUUCUGGGAUGAUUAGGCCAGGUUGGUCCCCGCCUUCUUCCGGCUGGCUAAAGGCCAAUUGUGAUGGUGCUUUUGAUUUGUUAUCUAAAUCUGGUGGGAUAGGAGUGGUUAUACGUGAUGCAUUGGGUGACAUUGUUGGCGGUGCAUGCAUCAAGGUUACUUCUGUUGCCUCUCCUGAAGCUAUAGAAGCCAUGGCUUGCAGGGCUACUUGCUCCCUAGCAGUGCAGUAUCAUCUUUCUCCCAUUAUUUUUUAG